AUGGCUUCCUCAAGCUCAAGUUAUCUCACAAUUCAGGGUUCAAUUGCAUUUUCCCAAUCGCGAAGUCGUUCUAUAGCGGAGAGUAUCAAAGUGAAAGAUGUUCGUGCUCAGUGGGUCCAUUAUGUUCAUGUCACUGGGGAUUUGCAGGAGGAGCAGCGGAGAGUGUUAGAGCAGCUUCUACACUACGGAGAUAUUGUAGGCGUUCCGGCCUCAUUUGACCCAGCGGACGGACCAUCCGCGGUUUAUUACGUUACUCCGCGGAUGGGCACCAUUUCGCCAUGGAGUUCCCAAGCCACUGGCAUAGCCCAUGUCUGCGGCCUCAAAAGUAACGUAAUGCGCAUAGAGCGCGGCUUGCAGAUAUCGUGCCUUUUUACUGAUGUCAGCGAGAAUUUGGAUAAGACUGCUUUGGAUGUUCUUCAUGAUCGAAUGACCCAAACAAUAAGUAAGGACAGGCCAGAUCUCCAUCUCAUGUUUUCCGAGCAUCGGCCUCUUCCUCUUCAAACAAUACCUCUCUAUGGAGAAGGAAAAUCUCCGGUUGAGGUGUUACAGGAGGCAAACACUCGACUUGGUUUGGCAUUGGACCAGUCUGAAAUCGACUAUCUGGUGGACGCCUACGCUCCCAGUGGCCCAGUGCCCCGGCAUCCAACCGACGUUGAGCUGUUCAUGUUUGCCCAAGUUAACUCUGAGCAUUGCCGCCAUAAACAAUUCAAUGCUAUCUGGAUUAUUGAUGGUGAAGAGAAGCCAAACAGCUUGUUCGACAUGAUCAGAAAUACCGAAAGGAAACACCCGGAGCACACGAUUAGUGCAUAUAGCGACAAUGCUGCAGUCCUAGAAGGAGAAAUGGCCGGAUAUUGGGCCCCCAGCCCGCUCAAUGGAGAAUGGACACAAACGAAAGAAGUAGUUCAUUUCUUGGCCAAAGUUGAAACACACAACCACCCGACUGCAGUCUCACCGUUCCCUGGUGCGGCAACUGGAUCUGGAGGAGAGAUUCGAGAUGAAGGAGCUGUUGGCAAAGGGUCAAAGCCGAAGACGGGUCUUUGUGGUUUCUGUGUUUCGGAUCUAUUGAUCCCCGGCCACAAGCAACCCUGGGAGCUUGACGUCGGGAAGCCCAAUCACAUCGCGAGUAGCUUGGAUAUUAUGUUAGAGGCUCCUAUCGGCAGUGCUGCAUUCAACAAUGAAUUUGGAAGGCCUUGCACCGCAGGCUAUUUCCGAACUCUCCUCACCAAAAUUGAUAUCGGGGAUGGACGCUCAGAAUUUCGCGGUUAUCAUAAGCCAAUCAUGAUUGCUGGUGGUAUUGGAACUGUCCGACCUCAAAAUGCGCUUAAAAAUGCUCGAGCGGUAAAACCAGGCUCAUUUUUGGUGGUCCUUGGAGGACCUGCGAUGUUGAUCGGCUUGGGUGGAGGUGCCGCCUCCAGCAUUACAUCUGGCGAAGGUUCCGCAGACUUGGACUUCGCCAGUGUCCAGAGAGGAAACGCAGAAGUCCAGCGGAGAGCACAGGAAGUCAUUAAUGCUUGCGCCGCCAUGGGCGCGGAUAACCCCAUCAAAUUCAUCCAUGACGUUGGCGCCGGGGGUUUAUCAAAUGCGUUGCCUGAACUAAUCCAUGAUGCCUGCUUGGGAGCGAAAUUCGAGCUCCGUGAAAUCGAUACUGCUGACAAGGGUAUGAGCCCUAUGCAAAUAUGGUGUUGUGAAGCUCAGGAGCGAUAUGUUAUGGCCGUUAGUGAGGAAGGAAUGAACAAAUUCACAGCGAUCGUAAAAAGGGAGCGUUGUGGCUAUUCAGUUGUUGGGCGUGGACUGGGUCAACCUGAAGAAGACAGGAGGCUGAUUCUAGUUGAUCGGGAUUCUCAAAACCAACCCGAUCCAAUUGAUCUACCUCUCUCUGUCCUAUUCGGCAAACCGCCGAAAAUGACUAGGAAUGUUACAUCUAGACAACUUUCACUUCCUUCAUUUGACUCUAGCCUUCAAACUUACCUGCCUAGUAUCCUGAAGGAAGACUUGUUUAGCGAAGCAGUCACGCGAGUCUUAAACUUGCCUGCCGUCGGUUCGAAAUCAUUCCUCAUCACCAUUGGCGACAGAACUGUAGGAGGGCUCACCGCUAGGGAUCAAAUGGUUGGGCCCUGGCAAGUUCCUGUCUCAGAUGUCUCUGUUACGGCGACAUCACUACUGCAGGGGAUGCGAACUGGUGAAGCAAUGGCAAUGGGGGAGAAGCCACUACUUGCUCUGAUUUCGUCUGCUGCUUCUGCGAGAAUGGCUGUUGCUGAAUCCAUCAUGAAUAUUGCCGCUGCAGAGCUAAUUGGCCGAUUGACACGAGUCAAGCUCUCUGCCAACUGGAUGUCAGCCAGCAACCAUCCUGGAGAAGGUGCCGCGAUAUACGAAGCAGUCGAAGCCAUCGGACUGGGCCUGUGUCCACAACUAGGCAUUAGUAUUCCUGUUGGGAAGGACUCCAUGUCCAUGAAAAUGAAGUGGAAGGAUGAAAAAUCACAAGAGCUGCGAGAAGUGACUGCUCCUCUGUCGGUUGUGAUAUCUGCGUUUGCCCCUGUUGGGGACAUUCGGAAGACUUGGACACCAGCUCUUCGCAGCUUUGAGGAAGUGGGAGAGACUGUGCUUAUGUUCGUUGAUCUAUCAUUUGGUUGCAAAGCCCUUGGGGGAUCAUCUCUUGCCCAAGUGUUUGGCCAGGUGGGAAAUCAGUGUCCUGAUGUUCGUGAUGUUGAACUCUUGAAGGACUUUUUCGAUGCCACUCAACAACUUCAGGAAGCUGAUAUUGUCCUUGCAUAUCAUGAUAGAUCAGAUGGAGGCCUUUUUACUACCCUUGCAGAGAUGAUGUUCGCUGGAAGAUGUGGCGUUCAAGUUAUGCUGGAUGAUAUAUGCCAAAGCUCCGAUACUCGCCAUGUAAUCGAGACUCUGUUCAAUGAGGAGCUGGGAGCCGUAUUCCAAGUACGCAAAAAGCAUGAAACCCAAUUUCGCAGCUGCUUCUCAACUUGCGGUCCUCCCCCUGGCUUGAUAUUCCGAAUUGGUCGGGUAUCGGAGAAGUCCAAACAGAACCUGGCAAUUUAUCAUGAUGCCACUUUGAUCUAUCGAAACUCUCGCUCCAACCUACAACGGACAUGGAGUAGUACAUCUUACCAAAUGCAACGACUCCGCGACAAUCCUGCCGCAGCAGAUCAAGAGUACGAAAAUAUUCUUGAUGACCUAGAUGCUGGUCUUUCAUACAACCUCACCUAUGAUCCUAAAGAGUCUGCAUUGCCAUUGAUGACUAGUAUCACCUCUCGCUUCUCUCCUUUUUCCUCAAAACCCCGUGUCGCAAUCCUCCGCGAGCAGGGCGUUAAUGGCCAAGCCGAAAUGGCAUUCGCUUUCGACAUGGCCGGUUUCACCGCCGUUGACGUACACAUGACAGAUAUAAUCUCCGGACAAGUUUCCCUAUCAUCCUUUGUCGGCAUGGCAGCCUGCGGUGGCUUCUCGUACGGCGACGUCCUAGGUGCCGGCCAAGGCUGGUCGAAAUCAGUGCUCCUGCACAAAAACACCAGAGAUGAAUUCAAAUCCUUUUUUGAGCGCCCAGACACUUUCACGCUGGGUGUUUGCAACGGUUGCCAGUUCCUCAGCCGGCUAAAGGAGCUUAUCCCAGGCGCCAACGACUGGCCUAGUUUCGACCGCAACGAGAGCGAACAGUACGAAGGCCGUGUCUGCAUGGUAGGCAUCUACGAUCCGGACGCAGCAACACCAAGCGUCUUCUUGCACGGCAUGCACGGCUCCAGCUUGCCGAUUGCCGUCGCCCACGGUGAGGGGCGGGCAUCAUUCACGACCUCAGGCUCGGAUGCACAGAGUCUUGUGAAACGGAAUCUGGUACCAAUCCGCUACGUCAAUAAUACGUCCCUGAAGCCAACGAUGAAGUACCCCUUCAAUCCCAAUGGUAGUCCGGAGGGUAUAGCUGGUGUCCGAACUCCUGAUGGCAAAGUACUGGCUCUUAUGCCGCACCCAGAGCGCACUAUUAUGGGGGGUGUGGGAAGUUGGAUUCCAUCCGACAAGAUGGAGCAAUGGGGCAAUAUUGGUCCUUGGGGACGAAUGUUCUACAGCGCAAGAAGAUGGGUUGGCUAA